AUGCCGAAGGGAAAGCGUGCGAAAGAAUCUGUCGCGUCGCGAGGCCGAGGGACGGAUGCUGGCGAAAGGAGGAAGGUUGCGAAAGGUUCUGCGAGCGACAAGCGAGCAAAGGGUGCGGCUGACGUGUCGCUUAAGGAGCGGCCUAAGGUUCAAUAUUCGUCGGACGAAUAUUCUGCGGAUGAGGAUGACGACGAAGAAGCGGAUCUCGUGCAUAGGAAGAAACGCGACGGGAUGCACAGGCGAGUCAAUGGCGAUGGGAAGGCGAAAGAAGGGAAAGGCCUGAAGGGCGAGGAGGGGAAAUUGGGUGUCUCGGGAGGUAAAGAGUCCGGGAAAGUGAGCUUUAAGAAGGGAAAAGGGUUUCGAGACGAUGAUGAGGACGGGGAAAGGGAAGAGAAGGGUGGGACGCACAAACGAUCGUUUCGGCCUGGUAGGAAGGACGAGGAGAGCGAGGAGUGGGACGAGGAGGAGGAGGAGGAUGGGCCGGAAUUGGUUGGGCGGGAAGCGAAGGGGGGAGUGGCGCGAAGGGAGGAAGAUUUGCGGAGGAAAGGGGGUGAGCGCGAGGGGCGCGAGGUGGGGCGGGAGAAGGAGAAGGGCAAAGGGAGAGAGAGGAGCGAGAGGGAAAGGAUUGAGAGGGAGAGAGCGGACGAACGCGAGAGGGAAGAGCGAGCAAGGGAGAAGAUGCGGCGGGAGAGGGAGAGAGAGAAGGAAAGGGAACGGGAGAGGGAGAGGGAAAGGGAGAGGGAAAGAGAGAGGGAGAGGGAACGGGAGAAGGAGAGGGAAAGGGAGAGAGAAAGAGAGAGGGAGAGGGAGAGAGAGAGGAGGGAGAGGGAAAAAGAGAGAGAAAAGCGGGAAAGAGAAAAGGAGAGGGAGAGGGAAAAGGAGAGGGAAAGGGAAAGGGAGAGGGAGAGGGAAAAGGAGAGGGAGAGGGAUCGGGAGUCGAGAAGGCGAAGGAGAGAGGCGGACGAUGAAGGGGAUGAUGGCGGGAGGAAGGCGCAGGGGGAGGAGGGGCGGCGGAAACGCGUUAAAGAAGAUGAGGUUGGGCGGGGUGAGAGAGGCGCAGAGGCGAAGGGGGAGAAGGAGAAGGGGAAAGAUGAGGGGAAGGGGAAGGAGAAGGUUAAAGAGGAGAAGGGGAAGGAAGAGAAGGGGAAUGAGGAGAAGGUGAAGGAGAAGGGGAAGGGCGGUGAGGGGGAGGAGGAGAUGGACGCGGAGCAGCGGAGGCUGGCGGAGGAGAUGGAGAGGCGCAGGCGGAGAGUGCAGGAGUGGCAGGAGCAGCGGCGGAAGAAGGCGGAAGAGGAGCAGGCGCGCGCAGCUGCAGGCGCAGGGGGGGAGGGCGGAAGCGGGGGCGCGGGGGGGAGCAGCGCGGCGCAGGCGGGUGGCGAGGGGAAGGGGCGCGGGUGGACUCUGGAUGGGGAGUCGGAUGAUGAAGAGGAGAAGGGGGCCGCCGGGGAUAUGGAGGGGAAGGAGGGGAAAGGGGGGAAAGGGAAGGGGAAGGAGAAAGUGGAGGAAGAGGGGGAGGGAGAGGAGGGACGGGGAAUGGAUUUGGACGAGGGAGGGGAGGGAGAGAAGGGGGAGGACGAAGAGGAGGGAGAGAAGCAGAAAAGGGAUCUGAAGGGGAAGGGCAAGGAGGAGGAGGAGGCAGCAAAGGAAGAAGCAGCAGAGGAGGAAGAGGAAGUGGAUCCUUUAGACGCGUUCAUGAACUCGCUGGUGCUCCCAGAGGUCACCAAGCUAGAUGCCAAGGAUGCCACCCGGCCCGCCGCCCCCACGGGAAGCACGGAGCCGGCAGUGGGUGGCAGCAGUUCGUCCCAUGCUGCCAACGGUGGAGAUGCGCUGAUGGGCGCGGGGGCUGUUGUAGGGGCUGACAAGGGUGGCGCCAAGGGAAAGAAAGAGAAGGAGAAGGAGAAGGAGAAAGGGAAAGCAGAGGGGAAGAGGAAGGGCAAGGGACCCAAGGGGCGCAUGGUGUUUGGUGUUGACUCUGAAUCAGAGGACGAGGGGGGAGGGGCAGGCGAGUCAGGUGAUGAGGAGGGAGAGGGCGAGGAGGGGGGAGAGGGCGGAAAGAAGGGAGAGGAGGAGGAUGCGGAGUUUGUGAAGCGAGUGACGGCCGUGGCGCAGACCAAGGCGGAGAAACUCGCCCCUGUGGACCACUCGCAGGUGCACUACGAGCCUUUCCGAAAGAAUUUCUACAAGGAAGUGAAGGAAGUGGCGAAGAUGACAGCGGACGAGGUGGCGCUGUACCGGCGCGAGCACGAGUUCAAGCUGCGCGGCAAGGACGUGCCCAAGCCGGUGCACACGUGGGUGCAGAGCGGGCUGAGCAACAAGGUGCUGGACGUGCUCAAGAAGAUGGGGUUCGAGCGCCCCAUGCCGAUCCAGGCGCAGGCGCUGCCCAUUGUGAUGAGCGGGCGCGACUGCAUUGGGAUUGCCAAGACGGGGUCGGGGAAGACUCUGGCGUUUGUGCUGCCGAUGCUACGGCACAUCAUGGACCAGCCCCCACUGCAAUCCGGCGACGGCCCCAUAGGCCUCAUCCUGGCCCCCAGGAGGGAGCUAGUGCAGCAGAUCUUAACCGACAUGCGCCGCUCUGCUCCUCUCCUGGGAUCAGGCGACGGCCCCAUAGGUCUCAUCCUGGCCCCCACGCGCGAGCUCGUGCAGCAGAUCUUCGCCGACAUCCGCCGCUUCGCGCGCCCCCUCGGCCUCUCCUGCGUGCCCGUCUAUGGCGGCUCUGGCGUGGCCCAACAGAUCAGCGAGCUUAAACGCGGCGCCGAGGUGGUGGUGUGCACGCCCGGGCGCAUGAUCGACAUCCUGGCGACCAGCAACGGGCGCAUCACGAAUCUGAGGAGGGUGACGUAUCUGGUGCUGGACGAGGCAGACCGCAUGUUUGACAUGGGCUUUGAGCCGCAGAUCGGACGGAUCAUCGGGAACACAAGGCCCGACCGCCAGACGGUGCUCUUCUCCGCGACCUUCCCCCGCCAGGUCGAGACCCUGGCGCGGAAGGUGCUCACGAAGCCCAUUGAGAUCCAGGUGGGUCAUUCUCUCCCUCUUCUUGCGCACCCAGCGGCGCUGUACCCUCCGCUUUCAGCGCGCCCAGCAUCGCACUCAGCAUCACACACAGCGAAGCUGUUCCCUCUUUCCCCUUUUGACUCCCUCCGCUCUGCUCGAUCCCCUUCCUCUCUCAUCACUCGCACCAUUGACGUGGGAGGGCGCAGCGUUGUCAACAGCGACAUCACACAGACGGUCGAGGUGCGUCCAGAGGGAGAGCAGCGCUUCCUGCGGCUCCUCGAGCUACUAGGCGAGUGGUGCGACAAGGGCAAGAUCCUGGUGUUCGUGCACUCCCAGGACAAGUGCGACGCGCUCUUCCGCGAUCUCCUCAAGUCCGGAUACCCCUGCCUCUCGCUGCACGGCGCCAAGGACCAGACCGACCGCGAGUCCACCCUGCAGGACUUCAAAACCAACGUGUGCAACCUGCUCGUGGCUACUAGUGUGGCGGCUCGAGGACUAGAUGUUAAGGAGUUAGAGCUGGUAAUUAACUACGAUGUGCCGAACCAUUACGAGGAUUAUGUGCAUCGGGUGGGGAGGACCGGGAGGGCCGGGAGGAAAGGGUGCGCGGUGACGUUUAUUAGUCCGGAGGAGGAUCGGUUUGCGCCGGACCUGGUCCGAGCCUUGGAGCUUUCGAAGCAGCCGAUUCCGGAGGAUCUUAAAGCCAUGGCUGAUGCGUUCACUGCCAAGGUGAAGGCGGGGAGCGUGGUGGCGCAUGGGAGUGGGUACGGUGGGAGUGGCUUUAAGUUUAAUGAGGAGGAGGAAGCUGCUAAGAAGGCUCUGAAGAAAGCUCAGGCGAAGGAGUAUGGGGUGGUGGUGGAUGAGGAGGAGGGGGGCGAGGAGGAGGAGGAGAAGGAGGGCAGCGGGGCGAUUCGGAGGGUCGAGGCUACGAGUGCGGGUGGUGCAGCGGCGUCGGCAGCGCAGAGCAUUGCAGCGGCGGUGGCGGCUGCUGCGGCUGCAGCUGCAGCAAACAAGGCAGGAGGUGCAGUGCCGGCAGUGGCAGGAGCUGCAGCAGCGAACCCAAUCCAAGCAGCAGUGCAAGCAAGGAUGGCCCAGAUGGGCAUCACCCCUGCUGCUGGCUCCGCUGGUGCAGCCGGUGCUACUGCUGCUGCUGCUGCCCUUGCCAAUCCCCUUGCUGCUUCCCUCGUGGGAGCAGCAGCAGCAGGGGAAUCAGCAGCGACGGCCAUCGCCUCAGCAGCCGCCGCAGCCCCGACCCCCGUCUCCCGCGCAGCGGCCUUCGCAGCAGCCAUCAGCCUGCAGCACAACUUAGCCAAACUCCAACCCGCCGAGCCCGUGAAAGCACACUACGAAGCGGAAUUCGAGAUCAACGAGUUCCCGCAGCACGCGCGGUGGAAGAUCACCCACAAGGAAACCCUAAACCAGAUCAUUGAAUGGACCGGCGCGUCGGUGACGACGCGCGGGCUGUACUGCCCGCCGGGCAAGGCAUUAGCGGCCGGGGAGAAGAAGCUGUAUUUGUCGAUCGAGGGGCCAACGGAGGCGAGUGUGAAGAAGGCCAAGGUGGAGAUCAAGAGGAUUAUCGAAGAGGCGAGUGCUGCUGAUGCAUCCCACCAGCAGCGCCCCGUGCAGCCGGGGCGGUACUCUGUCAUGUGA